GCGCGCUCUCUGCCAUGUCUGAACCUCUGCCGGCGUUCCUCGACCGGCCGUGGGGGCCCUGGCUGGGUACUCGGACCCUGCCUCUGCGGGGGCUCGGCGCCGCCUCCCCUUCCAAGGUAGCGGGUCCUCGCGCUCCUUCCGGGCAGCCUCGCUUCCCUCCAGAGUUUUCUUGGAGGCUUUUUUGGUCCCAUUUGUGAGAUCGAUGUUGUCCUUAAUGAUGGGGAAACCCGGAAAAUGGCGGAAAUGAAAACUGAAGAUGGCAAAGUAGAAAAACACUAUCUUUUCUAUGAUGGAGAAUCUGUUUCAGGAAAGGUAAACCUAGCCUUUAAGCAACCUGGAAAGAGGCUAGAGCACCAAGGAAUUAGAAUUGAAUUUGUAGGUCAAAUUGAACUUUUCAAUGACAAGAGUAAUACUCACGAAUUUGUAAACCUAGUGAAAGAACUAGCCUUACCUGGAGAACUGACUCAGAGCAGAAGUUAUGAUUUUGAAUUUAUGCAAGUUGAAAAGCCAUAUGAAUCUUACAUCGGUGCCAAUGUCCGCUUGAGGUAUUUUCUUAAAGUGACAAUAGUAAGAAGAUUGACAGACUUGGUAAAAGAAUAUGACCUUAUUGUUCACCAGCUUGCCACCUAUCCCGAUGUUAACAACUCUAUUAAAAUGGAAGUAGGCAUUGAAGAUUGUCUACAUAUAGAAUUUGAAUAUAAUAAAUCCAAGUACCAUUUAAAGGAUGUGAUUGUUGGAAAAAUUUACUUCUUAUUAGUAAGAAUAAAAAUCCAACAUAUGGAGUUACAACUGAUCAAAAAAGAGAUCACAGGAAUUGGACCCAGUACCACAACAGAAACAGAAACAAUUGCUAAAUAUGAAAUAAUGGAUGGUGCCCCAGUAAAAGGUGAAUCAAUUCCAAUAAGACUAUUUUUAGCAGGAUAUGACCCAACUCCAACAAUGAGAGAUGUGAACAAAAAAUUCUCAGUAAGGUACUUUUUGAAUCUAGUCCUUGUUGAUGAGGAAGACAGAAGGUACUUCAAGCAGCAGGAGAUCAUUUUAUGGAGAAAAGCUCCUGAAAAGCUGAGGAAACAGAGAACAAACUUUCACCAGCGAUUUGAAUCACCAGAAUCACAGGCAUCUGCUGAACAGCCUGAAAUGUGAAUUGAAUAGGAGGGGGAAAAAAGCACAUAACUCCUCUAUCUAUUGACAUUAAGUUCAGCAGGUUAAAGAUGGUUGCAGCUUGUAGGGGGGAAUAAGGCCAAAACUCCAUUUAAAAUAGUCUUCCUUUAUCUUACAGGGCUGCAUUUAUUUUAUGGUUGAACUAAAUGUUCUUCAUGUAUAUACAUUAAAAGAAGUGCUUUCUUUGAAACACUGGAACAUUCUCAAGCUGCUGUUUUUUUUAAAAACUGCACACUUUGAUAAGCACUCAGAUAUGCAUCGCAUAAACAUUAAAGAUUUUUGUGUGAGAAGGCUGGUUUUAUAAUUUUGCUUUUCUUUCUGCAUAAUGUUGAUUACACAUCUUUGUCUCCUUUUUCAUGCUAAUGAUACCUCCUCUACAUGCAAAAAAACAAUAUUUUGUGUUCAAGGAAUAUUUUGUGUUAAUAGGAAACUAUAAUUCUGACCAUUCCAUAGCCUCCUGAGUUUUAUCCUCUUUGAAGUCUACGGUAUGAUGAAUAUUACUAACUUUUUUCCCUCAAGGGAUUAUGUGGGAUGUCAUUUUAGCCUUUUUUUUUCUUUUUGGCAUAUUAAGUAACCAUUUUGCUACUAUUAUGCAGCAGAUACCAAUGUUAUGUUUUCCUGUAAUAUGGAAUUGACUGUAUGUUGGCAUUUUAUAAUUUGCUAAAACUGUAACUUUUCCAGAAAUACUUUUUUUAACUUAAUCUUUUUACCCACAGUACACAGUUUCUUCACUUCACAAAUAUUCUCUCCCUUUUUCAGGGGAAAAUUUGAGGAUGGGGGUACUCAGGAAGACCUGUGAAGCAUGUAGUUAGUAAUUCAGAUCUGGACAAUUUCAUGUUUGCUAAACUGGAGCUUUGGUUAGUUCAAACUCAAAUCUCCCCUCUCUGUUUUUUUAGUACUAAAUUCAAGUCAUUUGUUUAAAGUCUCUAAAAUAAAAAAUGUGGCAGUUAUCUGUUCAUAUGCAUGGGGUCUGAUCUCAAAUACACUAAAUGUGAGGUGCAGGAAUUAAAAUGAAGCCUGCUGUGUGAAACUACUUUCACGUAUGGUUCAUUGAUUUUUGUACCAAUAUUUUUUUAUACACAAGUGCAAGUCUUGUGUUAACCUUACUUUAUUGAGUAAGCUAGGUAACCCAAAUUACAUUUCUUAAUCCUGUUUUACUACUAUGGCACUUUGAUAAAAUGGUCCGUAACCAACUUCUUUCUUGGCAAAAGGUUCCAUGUACCAUGUGCUGGAUCAUCUAUUUUAAAUGUGGAUAUCUAUGAAUGGUAAUGUUUAUCCUUCAUGUUAAGUGCCUGUUCAGAAUUUCAGAAUUUAAAACAUGCCAAAUAUUUUCAUGGUCAUUUGCAUGUAGUAAUCUAGAAAAUAUUCAAAGCGAUUUUGAAAACCAAUUGUAUUUAACCAGCCUCAAACUGCACAACCAUGAUGUGUAAUAAAAGAAUUUGAAAUGUA